UCUCCGUAGGAGCCAGGCAGCCCGCAGAGGCCAGUAAAGAUACCUGGAGUAUGAGUCAUUGGUCAGACACUCUUCCUGUGCCCUCCGGCCAGAGGAGAGACCAGGUCCCCAGAGACCACAGCAUCUAUCCCCAGCUGCUGGAGAUAACACUGCACUUGCGGCAGGCCAUGAGGGAGCACUUCGUGCAGCUGACGAGCAGACAGGGACUGUCACUGGAGGAAAGGAGGCACACACAGGCCAUCCGUGAGAAGGAAGCCCUUCUGAGUUGCUUAAUACGCCGGAUGAUCAACCUCCUACAGUCUGAGGCCGCAAGUGACCUGGAGCUCCAAGUGCCUCUUCCUUCUGAGGACUCUAGGGGUGAUGUCAGAUAUGGGCAUAGGGACCAACUGUCUGGGCAGUCUGAUCCAGUUCCCCAACUGAGUGACUGUGAAGCUGCCUUUGUCAGCCGUGAUCUAUCCAACCGUGGGAUUGACAUCUCUGUCUUCUAUCAGUCAAGCUUCCAGGACUACAAUGCCUACCAAAAAGAUAAAUAUCAUAAGGACAAGAACACCUUGGGCUUCAUUAACCUUGGCACCAGUGAGAACAAGCUCUGCAUGGAUCUGAUGACUGAAAGAUUGCAGGAAAGGGACAUGAACUGCAUUGAGGAUGCCUUGCUGCAGUACCCUGAUUGGAGAGGGCAGCCGUUCCUGCGGGAAGAAGUGGCCCGGUUCCUGACCUACUACUGCAGGGCACCUACCCGACUUGAUCCAGAAAACGUAGUUGUUCUAAAUGGCUGCUGCUCUGUCUUCUCUGCCCUGGCCAUGGUUCUGUGUGAUCCAGGCGAGGCCUUCCUGGUCCCUGCUCCCUUCUAUGGUGGCUUUGCCUUUAGCUCCCGCCUGUAUGCAAAGGUUGAGUUGAUUCCUGUCUACCUGGAGAGUGAGGUCACUGUUACAAACACUCAACCUUUCCAGCUCACUGUAGACAAGUUAGAGGAAGCCCUGCUUGAAGCUAGGCGUGAGGGGAAAAAGGUCCGAGGCCUUGUGCUAAUCAACCCUCAGAAUCCUGUGGGUGACAUCUACUCCCCAGACUCGCUAAUGAAAUACCUGGAAUUUGCCAAGAGGUAUAACUUACAUGUGAUCAUAGAUGAGAUUUACAUGCUGUCUGUGUUUGAUGAAUCCAUCACAUUCCACAGUGUUCUGAGCAUGAAAAGUUUGCCUGAUCGCAACAGGACCCAUGUGAUCUGGGGUACCAGUAAGGAUUUUGGCAUCUCUGGCUUCCGCUUUGGUGCUCUGUAUACCCACAACAAGGAGGUGGUCUCUGCUGUGAGUGCCUUUGGCUACCUCCACAGUAUUUCUGGCAUCGUACAGCACAAGCUGUGUCAACUGCUCCACAACACAGAAUGGAUUGACAAAGUGUACCUACCCACCAAUUGCUGCCGGCUCCGGGAAGCUCACAAGUACAUCACUGCCAAGCUGAAGGCAUUAGAGAUCCCCUUUCACAACAGCAGCUCUGGCCUCUAUGUCUGGAUCAACUUGAAAAAGUACCUGGAUCCCUGUACAUUUGAAGAAGAACGGCUCCUCUAUUGCCGCUUCUUGGACAACAAGCUGUUGUUAUCCCGUGGCAAAGCCUACAUGUGUAAGGAGCCAGGCUGGUUCUGCCUCAUCUUUGCAGAUGAGCUCCCCCGGCUAAAACUGGCCAUGCGUCGGUUCUGUGACGUGCUGCAGGAGCAGAAGGAGGCUUUGAUAGUGAAGCAGUUGGAGGAUGCAAUGAGGGAGUAGGCCGUCUGCCUCCCAACCAGCAGUUCCAGCCUGUCACUUGCUCAGGGACCCACUAAUGACAACCUCUGGUCCAGAAGGCCAGGGUGUCUUUUUGUCAGUGUUGUGAUGGAGAAAAUGGUGGGCUCCUCCAGGAAGAUCUCAUAUGACCCAGUCAUCACCCUCCUUAAGCUGAGUGUCUGCUGUCUUUGGAAGCUUUCCAUCUUUUUAGUCUUUGCUAUCCAUUAUAUAUGCAAAAUGUUUUUAUUGGGGUUGGGGUGGAAAGACCUAGAGACACCUAGAGAAAUAAAGGAAGUUCUCUGGGCCCCUAUUUAGAUGGUUUAUUUUUAUAUUCAGUACCUAAUAAAUUCUAUACUCUUAAAUUCUAGGCCCAUCUUAUUUUCUUGCUUAUAUUCUUCAUAAUCAUCUUUGGAAGCCAGAUGAUUUUCUGUCCUCCUUAAUUUUUAAAUUCUAAGGCAGGUUCUAUGUAAAGAAUACUGUCUAGAGCAGGCAAGAAAAAGAAAGAAGUCAUCCUUAACUGAUGGGCCAUUUUCCAGGCGUUGGACGCAAUAAGAUUGCAUCACAUCCACUUCCACAUGACCUGCUAAGAGGCAGGUGGGAGUAUAAUUGCAGGUAUUCCUGCUUCCAAAUACUAGAGUUUGCUCUACUUUUACCUUCCCAAAAGGCUUUUAAAGUCUUUUGUUGGGUAUGGUGGCUCAAGCCUGUAAUCCCAGCACUUUGGGAGGCUGAGGCCAGAGAAUGGCUUGAGGCCAGGUGUUCGAGACCAG